ACGUCCGUGGCUCCUAGCACCAGUCGCUCUAAUCCGCAGUCGUCGAAUUCUGACAGCAUUCGAACGUUGUUCGGAAACGAUGUCGAAAGAAAGGAACCUCCCGAUAAAGCUAUUAGCCCUGAUUCGGGCGUACACUCGGCAGAAAACGAUCCAGGCGACGAGAACGAUGUUCAUUCUGCUCAAAAUAUCAUUAAUUUAAUAACCAAAUUGUCCCCACCCCUUUCGCCAAUAAAGCAACGACCUUCUGACAAGAAGGCAGAAAGAGAACGCAAGGAAAUGGAGACCAAAGAGAAGGAAAGGAUCGAGGCACAAAGGAGAGAAGAGGAAAAGAGAAAAGAAGAAAGAGAGCGUUUGGAGAGGGAACAAGCUGAACGCGAAGAACGAUUGAAAAAUGAACAUUCUGAGCGAAAGGAUAGACCAAGUGAACGAUCGGAUAAGGUGAAGACAGGAGAUGGCGAACGGCAGAAGCCCACGGAAAAUGAGCACAAGUCUGAUGAACACGCGUCACGUACGGAUGGCUUACGUGGUGAGAUCACCCUAAAAGGUCUGGAUCGUUCCAAAUUAAAUCAACUCAUGGAGAUUGGUAGAAGAACUGGUCGAAUGAAGUGCAUGCCACGUGCAUCCAGCUCUCAGUCGCAUGAAGGCGGUGAACAUUCUCAAAAUCACCGCCCGUCAUCAGUCGUCGGCAGCCAUCCUUCACGGAACAGUUUCGAGUGUGCAGCGCCGGAAUGCGUACCAACGAAACCUUCGCGUCCAGUGAAACCAGAAGAGGGUAGCACUGAAAUGUUAUACGAUUUCUAUCAGUCUAUAGGAAAAUCGCGAAAACGGAAAGGUGACGCUGAGGGUGACAAAGUCAACAAAAUGUUAUUCUACCUCGACACAUCUGUAUAUUUCCUUUUAUCGGCAAAGCAUUUCACGUCAGCAGACUCACCAGAGGUUCGCGGCAACCGCCAGUAUUCAAUCAUUCGCGACACGAAUGAUCUGCUC